AUGCCUGCUCGCACUACUCCAGACCUUGAGAGCCAGGUCAGCCAAUCUUCAGCUCUUGUAAUCCCACCACCAUACAUGGACCCAGCUCAUGCUCAAGCCAAGAAGCUCCAGUCCAGACUGAGCCGCGAAUCGAUUUCGCAAAUGAAGCCUUGUGAGCACUGCGGCGCAGCUCCAAAUGCUCAAGUGGCACAUCUUCCAAGAGAGCAAGGUUGGUUUAGAGAAGGAUACAAUUUUUUAAAUGUAUUUUUCUCAGUAUUCGUCUGGCCAGCCGUCCGACCAACCAACCAUAUCCAUCAGGACUCGCGUAAAUUCAUCGGCUAUGUCAUUCUGAUCGCUUUUGUGAUUUUCUUGCUCUUCGCGGCUUGCAAGUAUCUCCCAUGA